AAAUAAUUAAGAGAAUUCAACAACGAAAUAAAAACAAAUGGCUCCAAGAAUUAUUUGUCAGAAAAAUCUAUGGAAUCAUUAUCGUUAUAUACGACAAUUGUAUUCGACAAAAAAUCCGAAUCUUCGUCAAUAUAUUCGCAAAACCUCAUCAUUAUCUUCAACAACGAUUAACGGUCAAUCAACACAGCUACAAUCGACGGUGACAAAUAAUGGACACUCAACGACAGCCAAUAUUGUACGAGAAUCAUUUGCAAAUCGUAGUGAAUUACGACGAGCACAACGUGUUAUAAUAAAAUUAGGUUCGGCUGUUAUAACACGUGAUGAUGAAUGUGGUCUAGCACUCGGAAGAUUAGCAUCAAUCGUUGAACAAGUAUCUGAAUUACAUAAAGAAGGUCGUGAUGUACUUAUGGUUACAAGUGGGGCGGUUGCAUUCGGUAAACAAAAAUUAGCAUCCGAAUUACGAAUGUCAAUGUCAAUGCGUGAAACAUUAUCACGUGCAAAUGAUCAUCUUCAAGCACGUGGUUUGACAUUAUUAGAACCACGUGCAGCUGCUGCUGUUGGUCAAUCCGGUUUAAUGGCAUUAUAUGAUGCUAUGUUUGCACAAUAUGGUAUAACUAUUGCACAAAUCUUAAUUAACAAAACAGAUUUUGGUAAUCCAACAUCACGUCAGAAUCUUGCAUCUACUGUGUUUGAAUUACUUAAAUUCGAUAUUAUACCAAUAAUCAAUACAAAUGAUGCUGUCGUUUCACCGGCAUUGCCUGAUGUAGACCUUGAAGGUGUUAUCAGUGUAAACGAUAAUGAUAUUCUUGCCGCACAUCUAGCUGUCGAAGUAAAUUCCGAUGCAUUAUUCUUAUUAUCCGAUGUAAAUGGUAUUUAUACGAAACCACCAAGUCAAGAUGGAGCACGAUUAUUGCAUACAUAUGAUCCAAGUAUAUCUCAAAGUAUAACAUUUGGUGAAGGAUCACGUGUAGGUACCGGUGGUAUGGAAUCCAAAGUCAAUUCAGCUGUAUGGGCAUUAAAUCGUGGUGUAUCCGUUGUCAUUUGUAAUGGUAUGCAGGAUGAUGCCAUUGCCAAUAUAAUGGCCGGUAAACGUGUUGGAACCUUUUUUACACAGAUACCGGAACAGAUUGAAUCUACACAGGCAAUGAUUCAGAAUGCGCGACAAAGUAGCCGUUUAUUACAAAAAUUAAAUGGCCAUGAACGUGGUGCCAUCAUUCAUAAAUUAGCAAAUUUAUUGGAAGAACGAUCAAAAUCGAUAUUAGAAUCGAAUGAACGCGAUAUGAUCAAGGCUCGUGCAUCAGAUUUGGCUAAACCAUUGCUUGAUCGUUUAGCAUUGACUGAAUCGAAAUUAAAAUCCUUAUCCACUGGUUUAAGACAAAUAGCCGAUAGUUCAGAAACAGUGUUAGGUCGUAUACGAAGACGUACACGUAUUUCAAAUGGUCUUGAUCUUUGCCAGAUAACCGUACCAUUAGGAGUAUUGUUGGUCAUUUUUGAAUCACGUCCUGAUUGUCUACCACAAAUUGCUGCUUUAUCCAUUGCAAGUGGAAAUGGUCUAUUGGCUAAAGGUGGUAAAGAAGCGCAGGAAACAAAUCAAACAUUACAUCAAUUAAUACAGGAAGCCUUAUCAUCGAUUUCGGAUGGUGUUCGAAAUGCUGUGAAUUUGGUUGGAACACGCGAAGAUGUUGCCGAAUUAAUUCAAGCUGAUUAUGGCAUUGAUUUGAUUAUACCACGUGGUUCAAGUGAAUUAGUUCGUUCAAUACAGGAACAAAGUCAACAUGUACCAGUGCUUGGUCAUUCGGAAGGUGUUUGUCAUAUAUAUGUUGACGAUCGUGCCGAUAUGGAAAAAGCCAUUCGAAUUGUUCGUGAUUCAAAAUGUGAUUAUCCAUCCGCUUGUAAUGCCGUCGAAACAUUGUUGAUUCAUCGUGAUCUUGUUGAUCAUGAUGAUUUUUUCGUACGACUUUGUAAUUCAUUGAAACAAGAAUCGGUAAAAUUAUAUUCUGGCCCUCGUUUACAUCAAUUAUUGACAUUUGGACCGCCCAAAGCAAAAAAUCUUACAACCGAAUAUGGUGGCCUAGAGAUGGCUAUCGAAAUUGUUGAUGAUUAUCUUCAAGCAAUCGAUCAUAUUAAUUUUCAUGGUAGUGGCCAUACUGAAUGUAUUGUUACCAAUGAUGAAAAUCGUGCAAAAGAAUUUUUACGAGAUGUCGAUUCAGCUUGUGUAUUCCAUAAUUGUUCAACAAGAUUUGCCGAUGGUUAUCGUUUUGGUUUGGGUGCUGAAGUCGGUAUAUCAACGGGUCGUAUACAUGCUCGUGGUCCUGUUGGUAUUGAAGGAUUAUUAACAACUAAAUGGCAAUUGAUUGGACAAGGCCAUGUCGUACAGGAUUUUGAAAAAGAUGGCUUCUGUCAAUAUGAACAUAUCUCGAUCCCGGUCGAACCGGAAACAAAACAACAACAACAAAAUUCAAACAAAUUGAAUGAUGAAAUCGAUUCCUAAAGUCACAUAAAUCUUGAAAUGACAUUUUCUUAUUAUCUUUUUUUAUCAUUAUGUUCAUUGAUUAUUUCUUCUAUUAAAAUUGCUGUAACUGUGCGAA